AUCUCUGUAGUAUCUGAAGAGAGGUUUUAUGCAAAAUGGAAUCCAGCAGCACACCUGGCUUCUGGUGAAGUUAACUUCCAAACGGGAAUUCUAGCAGGAAGGUUGGCCAUAAACAGGCUGCAUCAGGAGCUGGGGGCUAAAGGCUUUAAUCAGGUGUAUGUAGAUCAAGUUGAUGAAGAUAUAGUGGCAGUGACGAGGCAUUGCCCUAACACACACCAGUCUGUUGUGGCUGUAAGUCGAACUGCCUUCAGGGAUCCUAAAACUUCAUUCUACAGUAAAGAAGUACCUGAAAUGUGUAUCCCAGGAAAAAUAGAAGAAGUAGUACUUGAGGCUCGGACUAUUGAGAGAAGUGCCAGUCCUUACAAAAAAGAUGAACAUUUUGUGAAUGGAUUGCCUAAUUUCACAGUGGAACUCAGAGAGCACAUCCAGAUCAAGGACAGUAAAAUCAUAAAGCAGGCUGGAACUGCCAUAAAAGGGCCGAAUGAAUUUGUGCAAGAAAUAGAGUUUGAAAAAUUGACCCCAGGAAGUGUAAUAGUGUUCAGAGUUAGUCUUGACCCAAAGGCACAAGAGGCUGUUGGUGUCCUGCGCAAUCACUUGAUCCAGUUCAGCCCUCACUUUAAAUCUGGAAGCCUUCCUGAUGAUCACUCAGCACCUAUACUAAAUACGUUAUUUUCCUCUAUUGCAUCUAAACUAACCUUGGCUGACCUGAAUCAAGUGCUGUAUAGAUGUGAGGCAGAAGAACAAGAAGAUGGUGGAGGUUGUUAUAACAUACCAAACUGGUCAUCGCUGAAGUAUGCAGGCCUCCAAGGGUUAAUGUCCGUGAUGGCAGACAUUAGACCAAAGAAUGAUUUGGGUCAUCCAUUUUGUGAUAAUUUGAGAUCUGGUGACUGGAUGAUUGAUUAUGUCAGUAAUCGCCUGAUUUCACGUGCAGGAGCCUGUGCAGAAGUUGGUAAAUGGUUGAAAGCCAUGUUUGUGUACCUAAAGAGAAUUCCACGUUACCUCAUCCCAUGUUACUUCGAUGCCAUACUAGUGGGUGCGUACACGACGCUUCUGGAUGUGGGAUGGCGUCAGAUGUCCAGCUUUGUGCAGAAUGGAUCAACAUUUGUGAAACACCUUUCCUUGGGUUCAAUCCAGAUGUGUGGCAUAGGAAGAUACCCUUGCCUGCCAGAUCUGUCUCCUUCCCUGCAUGAUGUCCCCUAUAGGCUGAAUGAGAUUACGAAUGUGAAAGAACAGUGUUGUGUUUCCUUGGCAGCUGGUUUACCUCACUUUUCCUCUGGAAUUUUUCGCUCCUGGGGAAGGGAUACCUUUAUUGCACUGAGAGGUUUAAUGCUGGUUACUGGGCGCUAUCUAGAAGCAAGAAACAUCAUUUUAGCUUUUGGUGGGACUUUAAGACAUGGUCUCAUUCCCAAUCUGCUUGGCCAGGGGACACAUGCCAGGUACAACUGCCGAGAUGCUGUAUGGUGGUGGCUUCAGUGUAUCCAGGACUACUGCACGAUUGUGCCAAAUGGAUUAGACAUUCUCAGGUGUCCUGUUUCUAGAAUGUACCCAGGGGAUGACUCUUCUCCUCAGCCUGCAGGCACUGUGGAUCAGCCACUCUAUGAAGUAAUACAGGAAGCAAUGCAACGACACAUGGAAGGCAUAAAUUUCCGGGAAAGGAAUGCUGGUCCACAGAUAGAUCAAAACAUGAGAGAUGAAGGUUUUAAUGUGACUGCGGGUGUUGACCAUGAAACUGGCUUUGUCUUUGGAGGGAACCGUUUCAAUUGUGGCACUUGGAUGGAUAAAAUGGGAGAGAGCGACAGAGCUCGCAACAAAGGAAUUCCAGCUACUCCAAGGGAUGGCUCUGCUGUGGAAAUCAUUGGUUUGUGCAAGUCGGCUGUUCGCUGGUUGCUGGAAUUAUCUGGGAAAAAUGUGUUUCCAUUCCGUGGAGUCACUGUAAAAGGACAUGGAAGGGAGGAGACCAUCACAUACGAUGAAUGGAACAGAAAAAUCCAGGAGCACUUUGAAAGGCUCUUCUUUGUCUCCGAGAACCCAGCAGAUCCUAAUGAGAAACAUCCCAAUCUCGUUCACAAACGUGGCAUUUAUAAGGACAGCUACGGAGCUUCAAGUCCGUGGUGUGAUUACCAACUCAGGCCAAACUUUACAAUAGCCAUGGUUGUGGCCCCUGAGUUAUUCACACCUGAGAGAGCUUGGAAAGCUCUGCAGAUAGCAGAGGAAAAACUGCUUGGUCCAUUAGGCAUGAAAACCUUGGAUCCAGAUGAUAUGGUUUACUGUGGAGUCUAUGAUAACGCUCUUGACAACGACAACUAUAAUGUAGCCAAAGGUUUUAAUUAUCACCAAGGACCUGAGUGGCUGUGGCCAAUUGGCUAUUUUCUCCGUGCCAAAUUGUACUUCUCCAAGUUGAUUGGUCCAGAGAUGUAUGCAAAAACUGUCGUUAUGGUUAAGAACGUUCUCUCUCGCCACUAUGUUCACCUUGAAAGGUCAUCCUGGAAAGGGCUUCCAGAGCUGACCAAUGAAAAUGGACAGUAUUGCCCUUUCAGCUGUGAAACUCAGGCCUGGUCGAUUGGGGUUAUCCUUGAAAUCCUUUAUGACUUGUAAAAGUUGAUUGAUUUUGAUCAAACUUCUGUGGUCUUAUUAUUGGGCAUAAAUGAACACUUGGCUUAUACUGCAGGGAAAUGUCCUGUUCUGCACAACCAGUGAAGCUGUGUCCUGACUUUCAAAGAUGCUGAAUGCCAGCAGCUCCCUUGCCCUGUAACUGUGUGGGGCUUG